CAUUGGUGUUUCGCUUCUUGUUUUUGCUCGUUUUUUAUCGUUUUGAAUUUCGCUUUCUGUACACCAUUCGGAGAUUUGGACCCGGAGACGACCAUGUUCGAUACCACGCUGGGCAUGCUGGUCAGUUGGCUGGCCCAGGGCAUUGGCCUGCUGCUCGGCCAGGCCUGGCAGCAUCCGCUGAUAGCCACCGGCGUCUGUCUGCUGCUCAGCUUCUUCAAUCAGGCGGACGAGCAGCUGCGCAAGGAACUGGGCGAGGAGCUGCGCGAACGUUUCCAGAGCUUCAGCAGACUCUAUCCCUUCUCACAUUGGUGGCGCAAUGGCGUCAAGGGCGUGGCCGGCAGCUUUGACUAUACCAUGAUGCACGGGCCGCACACCUGGACCCAGUCGGUGAUCAAUCAGAGUCCGGUCAACAUUGACGAGCAGGUGGUGCAGCGUCUGGCCAUACGCGAGCUGCUCAACUGGAAUCACUACGACGAGCUGCCCGCCAGCAUUGUGCUGGAGAACACCGGACAGACGCUCCUGCUGCGCGCCCAGUUUCGCAGCAAUGUGCCGACCAUCAGCGGUGCCGAUCUGCUGGCCAGCUACACCUUUGUGGAGCUCUGCUUCCACUGGGGCUGGUCGAACAGCGAGGGCUCCGAGCACACGCUCAAUCAUCGCAAGUUUCCGCUCGAGAUGCAGGUGCUGCAUCGCACCGGGGCCUCGGUGCGUCGCAACAGCACGAGCAGCUACGAUCUGCUGAUGAUCGCCUACGUCUUUGAGCUGUCCGCCCACAAUCCGUUUCUGGAUCCACUCAUGCAGAACCUGAAGCUGGUGCAGCAGCCCGGCAAGCGUGUGCACGUCCCGCCCUUUCCGCUCUCCUAUCUGAUCUAUCCGUUUCGCACGGGCUUCUACAGCUACGGUGGUUCGCUGACACAGCCGCCGUGCUACCAGGGCACCGAGUGGUUCAUCUUUCCGGAGUCGCUGGCCAUCAGCGACUUUCAGCUGCGUCACUUUCGCCAGCUGCUCAGCGCCGACGGCGUCACGCCCAUUUCGCGCAACUCACGCCCCGUGCAGCAGCUGGGCAACCGGAUCAUCAAUCUGAACUACUUCUGUCCAUACGAUGCCAGCCAGCUGGCGCGCAUGCGCAUCGAGGUGCUGCAACAGCAGCAGCAGGAGCUGGACGAGGAGCAGGCGCAGUCGCAGUCGCAGCAGGACCAACAGCAGCAGCUGCUACUGCAGCAGCAACAGCAGCAGCAACAACAGCUGCUGCAGCAAGCGGUCAAGGUGCACGAAAUUAAGGCCACUGUAAUUCCCAACUCGGACGAUGAGGGGCAGCUGAUCGAGACGCUGGACACCACCACCACCAUAACCACCAGCUCCAGUGCCAGCAUCUGCACCACUGUGCUCAAGCGCGACAAAGCGGCCAAUGCGCAACAGCAGGAGCAGCAGCAGCAGCAGCAGCAGCCGUCGCAAAUGCUGCCAGCUCAUAUCAUGGGCCACCGUCCAUUGGCCAUUCAACGCCCACUUGGUAUUUAUGUCGCAUCUUUAUCAGCUGCUUUUAUCAAGUUUAUCAGCCUUUCGCUGCUGCUGCUUCUUUACAAUCUUUAUAGACAUUUCUGUUAUUGUUUACCCGAAAAUUCGGACGAAAAUCGCUGACAAAGAAACUGCGUGUUGUUUACCUCUGACUCUGUUUACUCAUCUAUGCUUAAUGCGUUUAACCAAAAUCUCGCAAUGUUUUCCCCAGUUUUUUCCGUUCUCAGAGCUCUUUUAUCAAAAAUUGUUUUUUAAUGAGUGCGCA